AUGAAAGUUGACUUAUUUGGAAACAGAAUCAAGUUAGACGUUGCAGGUUCAAUGACAGCAUUAUGUGGAUUUUCUCCGAUGAUAUCAGCGUUGUCGGUAAACCCAAGUAAGACCACGUGUCCAAUUUAUGUGCUUCCAAGAUUUGAAGACUCGAAAACGAAAUCAAGGGAUUGGAGAGUCCCAAUUGAAGCACCUUCACAGAUGUGGGUGCUUCACGUUGGGAAUGCUUUCGAGGAGAAAUAUGUGAAUGGAGUUCUUCACAUUCAAAUCCAAGCUAGUACUUGUUCCUACCAAUGGUUCAAUUUUCAGAAAAUGUUUGGAUAUGAUUGGCAGAGUGGUAAAUUAGACCCUUCCAUGAUGAACUUGAAACAAGGCCAAGAAACCUUGCUGCCUCAACUAGUCAAGGUUAGUAUAAAAUUGGACGUGGAUGGAAAUUGCCAAGACUGCAGCGUAGAUAGGCUGAGUGAGUGGAGCAAACCUUCAGACUUUCCGGUAAUAAAUCAGGAAUAUUCCGGCGCUCGAAACAUGUACAUCUACGCAGCUACCUCCUCCGGUUCACGGCGAGCGUUGCCGCAUUUCCCAUUCGACACGGUGGUGAAGAUGAACACCGCCACCAAAGCCACGCACACAUGGUCUACCUCGCGCCGUAGAUUCAUCGGCGAGCCGGUCUUCAUACCAAAAGCCGAAGCCCAGGCCGAAGACGACGGCUUUCUUCUUGUAGUAGAAUAUGCAGUAUCUACGCAGAGAUGUUAUUUUGUUAUUUUGGAUGCUAAAUUGAUUGGUAAGAAAAAUGGUGUAAUUGCAAGAUUUGAAGUCCCUAGGCACUUGAAUUUUCCUCUUGGAUUUCAUGGAUUUUGGGCUCCAAAUCAUGUAUGCACAACGUUAACGCCUUCUACCAACUGCCGAGUGUCGUCGCCGUCUCUUGAUUGUGUGGGACUGCAUCAUUAAUCCAAUUCAAAUAUGAUGAUAAAUGUGAAAGUAGACUGUGUUAGAAUCUAUA